UGGAUAUCAUGAUUUUUGACUACAAACGAUUCCCAUGCUGCACAGCCAUUGGAAUGACUUUUUAACCACCUUCCCAGAAAAUGCCCCUAGCUGGGCACAGUAGCGAAAGUGGACUUUCUUUCUCGGAUUUGUCCUGCCCAACCACAACUAACAUGUUUCCCUGAGGACACCCCCCUUUGACCCUGCAUGGACCCUGAAAAAAAAUAUUGACUGGUGAUCCGUUCUUUUUCUUGCUGUGGGGGCUAGUUUUUGGCUCAAGUCCAGCACGGUCCGGUUUGCACAAUUGGUCUUUAGGGUUUCUCUCGUGUGCCGCGACUAUGGCCAUGCAGGCUCAAUCUAUCACAUCUGUCAUUGGAGUGGAGAGUGAAUGCGUUGCUCCAAAAGCGCAUGACACCUACUUUGCCAAUGAGCCAAAUCUAAUUGCUCCCUUCGACUUCAACUAUGUGAUGAUACCAUCGUGAACACAUGAGAAUCCACUAGGUGGAGAACUGCAAGCGAACAGUCCAGGAUGUAUGUUCAGUGAUGAGUCAAGGAACCACGAUGGACUACGUCGCUAGUAGAAAUACGUACUCUUAAUGGAUGGUCCGCCUGGAGGUUGAACGCACCCACGGCCGAAGCCAAACCCCCGGAGGACGAACGUCUGGGGUUUACAGCGAGGGCUGAACGGCGAAACACCCAGUGAGUGUCCCACGGGCAUAGAUGCUGGGAACGGAUGCCAGGUGAGGUGAGUGUCCGGCAUAAAUAUGCUUUGCUUGCUGGGCAUGUGAUUGCUUCAAUUCUGAGAUUCAGAUCUGGGGAGACCCCGAGCAAUCAUUGGCUGUUGGUCUAUUUUCCUUUGACGGCUGUUCGAUGUACACACCCAUAUAUGAAGUCGUUCGCUACUUUUUGCACAAAGUUCACUCUGACUUGGGCCGUAGAGCACCGUCCACUUGAGGUCGCUUGUGCUUGAGCUUGUUCUGAAAACAAGUGGACUAAAAAGAUGAUGGACCGUAUUGCAAUGCUUCCAUUUUUUGAACUUAAUUUUCCCCAGAUGAACUUGGAUGCGUGGUUUGUCCUAAAGAACUUAACGCAAUGCUUCCAUUUUUUGAACUUAAUUUUCCCCAGAUGAACUUGGAUGCGUGGUUUGUCCUAAAGAACUUAACGCGUCUUCACACAUGGCCUCUUGAGAUCGAGCGCACCGUCUCGCGCGUGCUGAGGGGCAUGGCAGAGGUGUAUUUCAAUCCGGUGAUGUGGUGCUCCUGCUGUUGCUGCUACCCAUGUUUCUUGCAGAAGAACAUUGAGUGGGACGCGAGAUCUCAACACCUGGCGUUGACCGUUGAUGGCAUCCGGUAUGUGAAAGAAAAGAGGAAAAGCUGCUGCGGACUGCCUUGUACAGACAGAGGCAGGGAAAGCAAGACGGUUCCCUACGACAAGAUUACCGACUGCGACGUGCAGGAGCCAGCUGGCACUGCAUGCUGCUGUUGCAUCCAGAAUGUGCUGUCCGUCGUCAAUAUCGACACUGCCUCAAGCGGUGUGGGUGGCAACUUUGUGCUGCACGAGAUGAGCUUGCAGGGUCUGGCAGAUCCACAUGCGUUCAAGCACUCUGUUUGGGCCAUGAAGCGGCGUUUGGCACCCAGCGGUGCCCAGCCCACACAAAUGGGAAAGUCACUGAGUUCGCCUUGCCAGAUGGAGAUGCACAACGUUUUGCUGACAGAGAUCAGAGAUGAACUAAAGCUUCUGAACCAGAAGAUGGAUUGCAGAUGAGCAGGGCUUUGGGCUGCUUUGCAUUGCUUUGCAUGGCCACUGACAAAUGAAUUGCUUAGAAGAGAUGGUUUCACAGGGGGCGGGGUUUAACCAACCCAGUGCUCUAAACGUAAUUGCUUAGACCUCUUGUUGUGAUAUAUGCGGGCAGAGCAGCUUGAUUGUCAAUGACUGGAGUCAAUUUUGUCGAUACGAGGCUUUUUUGGGCAAAGCUCAAAUCAUUUAAAGCCUUGAAGUCUUUCCAUCCGGCUCUUUCUGUAAAGCUGGACGAACCUGGCUAAGAGCAGUUGAUAGUGAUAGAAUCUUAGUUCAGCUCGGCUGAACCUUGCUCCACCAGGUGUCGUGCUUCAAACGCCCUCGGGUGACAGAUUGGAGCCUCCGUCCGAUAGCCGGUGGAGAGAACUUUGCGAAGUCGAAGCCCGAUCCCUCCCCACCCUGUGCAGUGAACCUGGGGGGUGGUGGGCAAAUGAUUGGUGUUUAGCCAUGCCCCAAAAAGGACAGACUGACCUUGUGGGACACCCUCGCAGGUCAGUGGUUUGUACCAGCCAUGCCUUUCAGAGAUGUCCAUCUGCGGAACUGAGGAAAA